AUGGAGUCGGCGGUGGUGGCGGAUGCGCCGCCGAAUGAGCCCAUUCACGAUGGGGGUCAGGCCGACCCGCCGCAACAGCCCAAAGCGGCCCUGACGCCACCCACCAGUGAAGAUCAAGACCAUGAGAAGCGAGACGAUGCCAGUUCCAUCCUCUCCGAUAUCGACAUGGAGAAUGAGGAGGACGAUAUUGGCGAGAUCGAGCCGGACCAUUACUACGAAGGGGGAAAGAUUCCCGUCUUCAAACCGACAAUGGACCAAUUCCGAAGCUUCAGUAAAUUCGUCGAGAAGGUGGACAAGUAUGGAAUGAAGUCGGGGAUCGUCAAAGUUAUUCCGCCACCAGAAUGGCGGGAAUCGCUGCCGAGCCUCGAAGAGAAAAUAAAGGCCAUUCGGGUCAAGAACCCAAUUACCCAGGAAUUCGCCGGCACCCACGGUACCUAUACACAGGCAAACAUCGAGAAGCAACGGUCUUACAACCUGCCGCAAUGGAAGUCAUUAUGUGAAGAGACCAGUCAUCAACCACCUGCACGGCGAGGAGAACGUCGUCGCCAAGCAGAGGUCGCUCCGAAACCCAAACCUCGUCGUCUUAGCCCACUUCCCAAUGGCGAGAAACGUCGCCCGGGACGACCGAGAAAGCGACCACUUCCAAAAGAACCACCCAAAGAAGAGAAAGAUACCGAGCAACCUGCAACCGAAGGUGCUUCGUCACCAGUACCUCCAACCCCCAUGUCACCGCCAGGACCCAAAGUUACUGAGACCGACACGACGUCCGCAAAGCACGUCAAGAUCGAGACACCGACUGAGGCUGCCCGUGUAAAGAAGGAACCAACCCCAAAGCCACGGGGAAGACAGCCAAAAACAAAAUCCAUCUCAUCACGACGUAUGUUUAAUCGUCAAGAUGCCGCACAGAUCAUCGACGAAGAAUCAUUUAAUAACUUCGACUACCACCUCGCGAACGUCGACGAGUUCACCAAAGAGCGAUGCGAAGAGUUGGAAGAGGUGUAUUGGAAAACGUUGAACUACGGGACGCCCAUGUAUGGGGCCGACAUGCCUGGUUCCCUAUUCGACGACACCGUGGCCAGUUGGAAUGUCGCGAAGCUGGAUAAUCUGUUAGAUGUGCUCGGCACAAAGGUUCCUGGCGUCAAUACCACGUAUCUCUAUUUGGGACAGUGGAAGGCGACGUUUGCGUGGCAUUUGGAGGAUGUCGACCUCUACAGCAUCAAUUACAUCCACUUUGGCGCUCCGAAGCAAUGGUACAGCAUCUCGCAAUGCGAUGCCAGGCGCUUCGAGGCGGCAAUGAAGAGCAUUUGGCCUCAGGAUGCAAAGAAUUGUAACCAAUUCCUCCGCCACAAGACUUACCUCAUCUCUCCCGAGAAGCUGAAAAGUCAAUUCAACAUCACCGUGAACAAGCUCGUCCACCGAGAAGGCGAGUUCGUCAUCACCUACCCGUACGGCUACCAUUCCGGCUUCAACAUUGGCUACAACUGCGCGGAAUCCGUCAACUUCGCUACAGAAUCCUGGCUCGACUUUGGUCGCAUUGCCAAGAAAUGCGACUGCGAAGCCGACAGCGUGUGGAUCGAUAUCGCUGAGAUCGAGCGGAAACUUCGUGGGGAGCCCACACCGGAGUACUACACGGACUACGAGGACGACGAUAUGGACGACGUGCCGCAAGAUCUGCCCAGUCCCCCGGCUAGUACGGUUGGGAAGGCCAAGGGGAAGCCAGGGAGAAAGAGGAAGGCCGACGUGCUCGUGGCGAAAGACGCGGAGGCGCGGAAGGCAAAACGCAUCAAGAUCAAAAUCAAGAAGCCGACCAAGGAACCGUGCGUUCUGUGUCCGAACGACGUGGCCUACGACGUGUUGCUCCCCACGGACACCGGGCAGCAAGCUCAUCGACUAUGCGGGUUGUAUACUCCUGAAACGUUCCUCAGCGAGCAGAAUGGGGUGGAAAAGGUUUUCAAUAUCGCGGGCAUUGGGAAAGAUCGGUUGGAAUUGCGAUGCAACUUCUGUCGCUCACGUCGGGGCGCAUGUUUCCAGUGCUCCAGCAAGAAGUGUACCCGAGCUUAUCACGCAACAUGCGCGGCUGCUGCCGGCGUGCAGGUGGAUUCUGGGCCGAUGCCAACGUUCGACACAGACGGGACCGAGUAUUUCUACGAAGGGUACGAUUUCCGGUGCCGUUACCACCGCGUCCGCCGCGGCAAGACCAUCACCCUGGAGCAUCUCGAAAACAACAAGCUCGUCCACGACUACGCCAAAAAGCUGCGCCCAAACGACGUCGUCCAAGCCCAACUCUUCGGCGCCGACGUCUUCGGCGGCACCGUCCUCGAGAACCGCCCCGCCGAAUCCUCCUGCCUCAUCUCCCUCCUUCCUUCCGGUGACUCCGUCGAAGUCGAAUGGAAAUACCUCCUCGUCCUCGCCCCCUCCGACUCCCUCCGGCCCAAGCCGUCCGCCAACGCGGUACAGCUCCCCGACCACCUCUCCAGCUCCAACGCCGCCCUCGACCCCUCCAACCGCAAAGAUGGCGUCCCCACAAUCGACACCCCCUUCCACGACCCCAACGCUCCGCAAAAGUGGGCCGAGUUCGUCGCCUGCGACCAAGACUCCGCCGGCCGUCCGCUGUGCAACCCUGCACAGACGAAGGUCGACCUCGCCAAGCCGGAGCAGCUGUGGUUCUAUCUGGGGAAAACCAGCACCGAAGCGCGCGCGCAGUUCACCCAUGAUCUGAGAAUUCGAACGCAUAACACCAAGAGCAACUUCCUCGAUCUCGUGCGUCCCGCUCGCACGUCCUCCGUCGUCCCGUCGAUCCCGCGAUACAGCCUCUCGCCACACCUCUACACGAACCAGAACGCCACGUCCGCUGGCACAACCGUCGCCGGGAAGCCAUACACCUACAAGCCGAAAGUCCCGAUCGCGAGCCUCCCCUGGCCCGUUCAACGCGCACUACAGCCAUCCCCAUCGCCCGCCGCUCAGCCCCAACCACAACCAUACUCGCAACCGCCCUCCGUCUCCCAACCACACCCCCAAUCUCGCCCUCCCCCGCCAAAUUACCCGCAGCAAUCAUCCCACCAACCCCAAAUCGCAUCUUCCCACCCCCGCACCCCCUCCCAUCCGUCUCAUCCCCUCCCCGGCCGCGCUGGGGUAGCCGGAACACCUACUUCGCCGUUCGUGACGGGCGCGCAGCUCGCGGGGAGCGCGGAUGCGCAACUGAGGUAUUAUCAGCAGUUGCAGGCGACGAAGAUGGUGGAUACGGGCGGGCCGAGAGGGGGGUCGAGCCAGCCGAGUGGGGUGCAGAGGGGUGCGAUGCAGAGCACGAGGCCACAUGGUGGGACGAACACGGCGACUGCGGUGCCAAAACCGGGUGUUCAGGCGGGGCAGACGAGGCAGGCCCAGUACCUGAACCAUGGUGGGAACGCCGCCACGCCGGUUGUGAAUCCGCCCAGACAGGGGUCUGGGACUCCGGCUGUGGUGACGACGCUGACGCGUGCGAAGGCGAGUCCGAUGGCGGAGGUGAAGAUUAAGCAGGAGCCAGGGCAGACGGAGAGUGUAACGUCGAUUGCGUCGGUGCCAACGGGUGGGAAUUCUCACCUUGCUCCAUCGACAACCAUGCAGAUGGGAUCGGGCGGCGUAACUAGCCGAUCGCCACAACCGACAGUCUCCGAGCAGAUCUCGGAGUACCUCACUGCCGUCGACAAGCCCAUCACCGGCCUGGCGAGUGCCUCGCCGCAACCGCAAUCGAAGGCCAACGAUAGUGCGACGCGCUCGCAGCCAACGAGCGUUUCUCGAGGAACUCCAGCUGCUGAUUCGCACGGUACCGAGCCAUUUGUCCGCUCUCCGACCUUCUCUGGCCUGAGCUUCCAAUCGCCAUCAUCACUCCAUCAGUCCGACUUCCCCCUCAACCACGCGACCCCCUCACCACCCGAAUUCCCCUCCCUCACGAACCCCGCGCCCUCCGAAUUCCCACUCAACCGCCCGACACCCGCCCCUACCGACUUCCCCUUCACCCACCCCUCCCGCACCCCCUCUGAGUCCGCCACCAUCAACCCCGCCGCCCUCACCGCAACACCUGGGGACCUCAUUGAUCCGAGCCUCUUCACCUCGUCGCCAACCACCGCUCCCCACAACUACCUCCCACAACAGCCACAUCAACAAGGUAGUAGUCCGUUCACCUUCGGCGGCGUGGUCGGCGCCCUCGACGCCCGCCGCAGUAGCAUCAACCUCCCCACCCGCCCAACCGGCUCGCGACUUCCACCCCUCAGCCACGUGCGGAGUAUCAGCGUCGGCCAGAAACCCGUCAUGCAGCCACCGAUGACGCUCGGUCGAAGUGACGCGUUCACGAUUGGUCAGUCCCAACGCUUCCCUCGCCCUGUCCCUAGCUCAGCCUCCGCACCCGGCACCACCUCCGCAAUCGGCAGCUCCACCUCCAGCGGUAGCUCCACACCCCACACCAGCUCAACGCCUCGAUCUACAUCCGUCGCGCAUUUCGGGGCGGGCAGCAAUCCCGGUCUCUCCGGUCUCUCCGGAACCGGGCCCGGGACAGCCGGAUGGGACCGCGGCCCCGCCAGCGCACGCUACGAUAACCGCGCGUUCAACCCGCCGCCCUACGAGGAAGCGGAACGGCUGUUCGCGCGCAGCCCGAGUACGGGAAGGACGCCGGUAAGGUUGAGUCCUGUGGUGGGGACGACGACGCCGGGGCGGGAACCGGAAUCGAAAGAGACGAAGGGGAAGGAGAAGGUGGAUGGGGGUGAUGGGAAAGGGGUGAUGACUUUUGGACCGCUGAUGAUGGGACGGAAGGAGAAGGAGAAAGAUGGGGAGGAGGGGUAUGCGAGGCCGUCGUAUAGUCCGAUUCGGAGGGGAGUAGAUGGAUGA